UAUCAGAAGGCAUGGAUUGCUAAAUAGAUGGCGAUGGAGCAACUGUAUGGAGAUUACGAUUCAUCGUAUAACGAGCUUCAAGGUUGGAUAGCUGCUAUGCGGGAGUAUGUACCGGAGACUGUGAUUGAGUUGCAGACAAGGCCAUAUUACGGCCCGGAUGACCAGUUACAGCCGGCAAAAAGGAUUUUCCAUCGGAUAUUCUGGACGUUCGAUCCAUGUGUGCGGGCAUUUCCCCACUGCAAGCCACUUGUGCAGGUAGAUGGGACCUGGCUGUAUGGAAAAUAUACACAUAUCCUACUUCUUGCAGUUGCUCAAGAUGGCAACAGAAACGUGCUCCCGAUAGCAUUUGUUAUCGUAGAUAAAGAGAACAUGGAGUCUUGGGAAUUCUUCCUCACAAACCUGCGGAGGUAUGUUAUUAGCAACGAUAACAUUUGCAUCAUCUCCGAUAGAGGAAAGGGUUUAAUUGCAGCAAUCAGGCGUUCCGGUGUGCCGUGGUGAUCCGUUUACUGCAUCCGUCACAUUGCGGCUAACUUACACAAAGAUUACAAGAAUGCAGACUGGAAGAGACAAGUCGUGGCAAUGGCGUACGAGUUAGAGCCACAUAUGUUCCGGCAAAAAAUGAUUCGACUUGAGAGUGACAUGGAGGGGCAGACAAACACAUCUUUCCGACAAUGGUUGAGCACAAUGGAGCCGUGGCAAUGGGUUCAAAUUUUUGACGAGGGCUUUCGUUAUGGCCAAAUGACCACAAACUUAGUCGAGGGGAUCAACGCUGUUUUGUUAAAAACACGUCAUCUUCCGAUUGCAUCUGUAUUUUCUGCUACUUUCUACAAGCUAGCUACUUUGAUACCAAGAAUGGGUCAGCAGCAAGUCGACCAGAUUGAGGCGGGACACGUGUUUGUCGAACAUGUCAGGGAUACAAUGGUCGCAAACCGUCGGUUGGCGAGGUCAAUGAAUGUAGAAAUAUAUUCACGACGACUGGAAACAUUUCGAGUUAUUGAGAGCAUCAGUCGUCGACCUGGUAUACCAACUAGGUCCUACGGAGUUGAUCUCCGGAACCGACGGUACGAGUGCAGAAGAUUCGAAACACUUCAUUAUCCCUGUGCGCAUGUCGUGGCAGCGUGUGCUAAAGUUAACGUCAAUGUUGAACAAUAUGUCGAUGAUGUGUACAAUCUGGAGCGCACAUUGCGUGUCUGGGAAAAUGAGUUCCCCGUCUUGCCUGACCUAUCAACGUGGGAGGUACCUUUGAUGACUUUCGAGCUUCUCCCAGACAGAGGGCUGCGGAGGAAUCCGAGAGAUCGUCCGCAGUCAAGCAGAAUCCAUAAUGAAAUAGACAUCAGGGAGAAGUCUGACGGAAAGCGUUGUGGAAUAUGCAGGUUAAGUGGUCAUAGUCGGAAUAAAUGCCCUAACCGAAACUUUCAUGUUAGACAGUCGUCCGGAUCGGGUCGUAAUUGA